UAUCACAAGAAAUAAUGUUUGCUUUUUUUUAAUAAUCAAUCUGUGCGACCCAAAUAACUUCGCAAAAUGACAUUAAAUGUAGUAUAAUAUGACAUAAAAAUCAGUAUAUUAAUGAAGAUGGAAAUUCCAAGUUACUGUAUCAAGAAAUCUGCGAUCAAGAUCAUUUAUUAGUUCAAAUCGACUGCAUUCAUAUAUGUACCAAAGCAGAUGCUGUUGUUUCUUUAGAAUAUCUAUUUACAUGAGUGUAAACAAUUGAUAACCUUUCAGGUUCCUUAUUCAUCUAUUUUAUAUACAAAUAAUGUGGCGUCUUGUGUUGAUGUGCUGUGUUAUUAUGGUGAAUAUCGGAAAUAGUGUCUCGUUUUUGAAGAACAAAAGGCAAACCAACGUAACGCUUGAAAAUAAUAUUUUAGAAAUAUUUAAUAAUUGUUUUUGCGUUUAUCAUUAUCAAUGUGAUAAUGAUGGGGUUAUCAUUACCAAUGGUGAGCGGUUGUUCGAAGAAAGAGUUGGUAAUGAAUUUAUUAGAUGUCAUGGAGGAAAAUUUGAGGGAGAAAUACUAUGCUGUCGCCUGAACUCCACCGAAGAUACAAGGGAACCAAGAAAUCCAGACCAAAAUAUAACAACUGAAGCUCCACAUAAAAAGCCAAGACAACAACACUGUGGCAAACAGUUACCAGCCAUCAAUAUCAGAGCCUUCUCUGGUCACGAGGCAUCUUCAGUGAAUGGAGAAUUUCCUUGGUUAAUUAAUAUCUUCAAAAAGAAACAAAACGACUGGAAAUAUCUAUGUGUAGGAACACUAAUCCAUCCAAGAGUUGUUUUAACCGUUCAUCACUACUUGAUUAGUUCAAAAGCUGACGAUUUAAGAGUAAUUGCAAACAGCGAAAUUCAAAUGAGACAAGUUGGAGAAAAUGAAGCAUUUGAAAGAGGCGUUGAGGAAAUUGUCAAAAAUCCGAAAUAUUACUCCGGAGGACUUUACAAUGAUGUCGCUAUCAUUAUUCUAAAGGAAAAUUACGAUAUACUACAUAUCCAGUAUGCAAUCAACACGAUUUGUCUCAAAAUAGAUUUACCAUUCGAAAAUCAAAACUGUAUUGUUUUAGGCUGGGAAAAGUCUCCAGAAAGCAAGCGAUUAAUGUUGAAGAAAAUUGAAUUGCCCGUUGUUGGGCGAUCAAAAUGUGAAGAAUUACUAAGAAAAACAAGAGUUGGGGCUGACUUUACUUUACACGAAUCGCACAUUUGUGCUGGAGGAGAAUUAGGAAAGGACGUCUGUACAGGUAAUGGUGGUAGUCCAUUAAUGUGUCCAACCGAUAAUGGUAGUAUGCUAUUCCAAGUGGGUAUGGUCUCAUGGGGUGUCGACUGUGGCAAAGAAAAUGUACCAGGUAUCUACGCUAAUAUAAAACAUUCGUAUGACUGGAUCGUCCAAGAACUAAGUAAAAGAAACAUAACUCUAUCAGAUAUAACUAUGGCCGAUAUUGUGCCAGUAAACUAGUAUUGUAUGUAGAAUUGUGAAAUAGAAAUAAAAGAAUGAUAUUAAACCUUAA